AUGCCCUCCAAGCCCUCAACCUGGUGGGAAGCCCAAGCGCCUUCUGAGGAAGUUGCCAACAGUCUCCACCCGUCUUUGAUAGAGUUCCUGAAGCGUGCUUGGGAUGAGGAUGUGCUAUCUCCUUACUUUAGGCUCUUUGUCUUUCUUGGUGCGUUGAAGCUUCCUAAUAACUUGCGGGAUCAAGAGGCUACUAGGCAUGAAUGGGAGGAUGAGGAGGGAAGGCUUGUCAAACUCUAUGAGUCUAGUCACUACCGAAACGCAGAUGAUGAGGGUGUUUUCUUUGACCAGACGACUCUAAAAGCAACUUUCAUUGAAGAUACUUAUGACACCAGGUUUAUUACCAGGCAAGAAUGGAGCUGGAUGCCUUUGGAGGUGAUUCUAGAUUCAUAUCUUCAGAUGCUUGACGAAGAAAAGGCGCAGGUAGUUUCCAAGGAUCAGGCAAAAUUACUAAAGAUGGACUUCCUACAUGGGUUCAUGGAACCCUGGAUAAUCCAUCAGUACACAAAAGCGGACCUAGAAAGGGCUACCACUGCUUUCAAGCGUCUUGUGAGAGUAAUCGAAUCUCGAAUCCCGCACAGAGAUGAUUCCACCAGUAUCAUUAAUUUACCGUGGCAUGAUCCAGCAACGUUCGAGGACCAGAGUGUUAUCCCCCCCUCAUCAUUCGCCCACGAGUUCUUACGAUCUAUCUCCGACUACAGCGUCCGAUUUCACUACGUCGCACCGGGGAUCCGAUUCCCCACCGUCGCCGAAUUUCAGGACCAACCCAUCACGGACUUUAUUACAUCGCCGCAUAACCACCUCGGCCAGUACCCUGGCAACUGCCCUCUCCGGUUCCUCCAGAUUGACGACGCAGAGUAUCCUCAGCCAGUAGCGCAUGGUAAGUAUCUCGGCCUUAACAAUAUCACUGCCGGAUUCUACAUCUCUCGCGUUGUGGAGACAUGGCCACUAUUCUGGAGUAACGGAUGUCGACUUCUACUACCCUUUGCGAUUGGAGGUUUGGGAUGGGCUCGACUCUCGAAUGGAGAACCAUUUGGAUUAGACGACUUCGAGUAUAUGGAGGAAUACCCAAAGCCUCGUAAUGUUCAUGGGGACUUGUAUCAGGCUGGGACUUCAAAUGGUAUUACGAACAGGCAUCCAGUGCAGAUAGACAAGGUGCUGAACAACUGGGCUGAUCGGGUGGAGAGGGGCGAUUGGGAAGUGAAUGGGGAUGGGGUCGCGGGGGGGAUUGACAAGUUUCGAGAGGCGGACACGGAGGCGCAUUGGCAGAAGUAUUGGAUUCCACCGUCCUGGUAA